AUGUUACCCGUAGCCACACCGCACAUACAUUCAAGUUACGGUGGUUUCCCACAUUUUGGAUCAGCAGGAGGAUAUCCUCCACACACUAUCAGAUAUCAUCCAGAAACUUAUUCUCCGUCAACAUAUCCGACAUCGCCACCAAAUAGUGCCUACAAAACCGGAGGUAUUCAAAAUUCUCAACUGUUGAGCCAUGGUCAAUUAAUGCCAACCACCACACUUCCACCCGUAAAUUCCGUCCCUGUUUCAUCACAACCGGAUCUUAGUCCAAUCAAUUCUCCGCUUAACUGUAGUAAUAACGGUGCCAAUGGUUAUCAUAUACCGCAUCACAUUCAGCACCCUAAUAAUACUACUCCAAGUCCUUCUUAUCACAAUUCAUCACACCUUGAACAAGGUCAACAAUCUCCGGAUCAUGAUUAUAGUAGUUCCGCUACUCCUGUUAGCAUUCCCUCUCCGCCUGAAAGUAUUCCCUCUCACCAAUCUUCGUCAAACUUGCGGUUUGAAAUUCUUCUCGAGGCACCUACCGCCUCUGCACAACGUAUUGACGAAUCUCCUGUAACUUAUCUUAAUAAGGGUCAAUAUUAUGCGAUUGGAAUACAAGAUCAUGAUAAGUAUGAUACCGAAUAUACCACAGUUUUCAAAGUAAUGUUUCAUGAUGAUACCCAUCGCAAAAUUGCUUCUACUUAUUGGGGUUAUUGGUUGACGCAACAAACGUCCCCUAAAAAUUCCCGGGCCGUUGAGAUUGAUAAAGCCGCCUCCUCCGGGAUCAGUAACGUGGAGAUAAAGGCCUUUGAUCGCGUACAAGUCCAAUGGAAUGGAAAGAAGGGCGCAAAAAUUUUUGUACGUUUCAACUGCCUUUCUACAGAUUUUUCUCGAAUAAAAGGCGUUAAGGGUAUCCCACUAAGAAUUCACGCAGAGACCAAGUGCGACAAUGGUGCGAUCUGUACAUCUCUUGAAAAAUCCUACGCCAAAAUUAAGCUAUUUAGAGAUAAGGGUGCUGAGCGUAAAAACAAGGAUGAUCAAAAACAUUUAGAAAAAAUGUGCGAGAAGAUGAGAGCCAAAUCACAAGAAACCACUCCAAUGAUAAUGAUGUAUGCGCCACCGAGCAAUAUAACCGUAUUUAACGAAUAUACUGGAAAUGACGCGCCUAACGAUGAUGAAAUUUUAAGUCUUUCCGAAACUUUAAAUAAUCUUGACCCGGAGGUGGAAGGUAGUGAUUUAAUGACAUUUCAAUUGGGAAAACGCAAGAGAUUUUCAUUGGGACCUGAUUUCUUGGAACCUUUGGAUUGCGACCCUACUUACAUUCCACACUUAAGAAAACGUCGUGCGGUUCUCUGCAUUUACGUUAAAUUGCCGGGUGAAUCUGUAUAUCGCGCUGUUUACCUAAAUCAACUUACUGUCCAAGAUCUCAUUUCAAAACUUACUGAAAAACUCUCCGAGAAAAUUAAUCUCCAAGGCCAACAAAUCACAAAUGUGGUUAGAUGCACCAAACGUAACCUUACCGUUCGUUUUGACGACGAUUCAGUUCACCAAAUCGAAGAUGAAACGGAUAUGGAUGUCGAAUUUCAUCGGAUUGGACAGGAUGGAAACGUGCAAUUAACGUUAAAAUAUUAA